ACAUGCCUGUUGUGUUCACCUGUAUAGAUCUAACAACUCUCUGGUAUUUUUUAGGUGCUUGAUAAAUAUUGUUAAAAUGAAUAAAUGAUUGAAAGAGUACAUCUGAAGGAAGAGAAGAAGGAACUUCUUUCUGAAGGGAGGCGGCUAACCCGGCAGAUUUCGUAUGGGUGCUGCUGUCAGGAGAAUGAAGCUCUGAUAUUGCUAUGUGGCAAGUAGACUCGUGCAUUCGCGAGGGAUCCAGAAUUAUGUGAACAGUGUGUGUGGGUGGAAGUGAUCAUGCUCAAAAGGGACAUAAAGCCAGAAAGUGACAGGCCACGGAAAGUCCGGUUUCGGAUCGCGUCAUCUCACAGCGGGCGGGUGCUGAAGGAGGUGUAUGAAGACGGGCAGCCUUCGGGCUCUCUGGAUUCCGAAUGUGCCAGCAUCUGCGGGAUAGAUGGACGGAGUGAGUCCGAUGGACAGCAAAAUGGCCACAUGGGAUCGGAAAGCGAUGAGUGCGAAGACGACCAGGAUAACUUGCUGGCGUUAGCAAGGGCUGCCAGCGAGAAGGGUUUUGGAACAAGAAGAGUCAACAUUUUAAGCAAAAAUGGCACAGUCAGAGGCGUCAAAUACAAAGUGAGUGCUGGACAAGCUCUAUUUAACAAUUUGGCCAAAGUACUGCAGCAACCAUCAACUGACCUAGAAUUUGACCGCGUAGUGAUUUAUACCACUUGCCUUCGUGUGGUACGGACAACCUUUGAAAGAUGUGAACUGGUUAGAAAGAUCUUCCAAAACCAUCGAGUAAAAUUUGAAGAGAAAAACAUAGCUCUGAAUGGUGACUAUGGAAAAGAGUUAGAUGAGCGAUGCCGACGUGUUUCAGAAGCCCCUUCCCUCCCUGUCGUAUUCAUCGAUGGCCAUUAUCUUGGGGGUGCUGAGAAAAUUUUGUCAAUGAAUGAAUCAGGAGAACUGCAAGACCUCUUAACCAAAAUUGAGAGAGUACAGCAUCCACAUGAGUGCCCCUCCUGUGGAGGCUUUGGCUUUCUUCCGUGCUCCGUCUGCCACGGGAGCAAGAUGUCAGUGUUUCGAAACUGCUUUACAGACUCUUUCAAAGCUCUGAAGUGUACUGUCUGCAACGAGAAUGGUCUUCAGCGCUGUAAGAGCUGUGUCGGUUAGGUGGACCUCCCACCGGGGGAGCACCUUGAUUUAUUCACCAAAGUCAGUUGUAUGGUUUAUACUUUUUUUUUUUUAAAGGUCAUGUUUAUGGACUAAUUAAUAAACUUUGUUCAUUGUAAUUGCCUUUGUUUUGAAUUUUUGCCGUGGCCAUUUUCAUCGAUUUAUUAAAUAAAGGUUUGUUUCCCUAUGAUGUGCCAUGCCCUGGGUUAGACUUUGGUUUCUGCUUGGAAUUAAUGGAGUACCCAGGAGUAUCCCAGGAUAUCCAAACUCUGAUUUGCUAAAUGUGUUUGAUUUUUCUGAAGAGAAGACAGAAUAUAUCUAACAGUGCCUAUGGCCAUGUCACCCUUUUGUCUAAAAUGAGUUAAUCCAACUCCCGAGAUGUAUAACGCACUUCUGUGUGUCUCAGCUACAGAGAGGAAGAUGGCUCUGGAGAAUGGAAAAGAAUAUAAUCAUAUUUAUACUUAGUAGAAUUUUUUAAAGCUGUAAAGCUGUCUUGGAGCUGAUGACAUUAAUGAUAGAUCAUUAACAUUAUUGGGUGGAUUUCUUGGUGAUGAUUUAAAAGCUUCCAGAAGACUUAUCUGGACUUAGUUUUUUAAAUAUUUGCUUUGUGCUACUAUCACUGAAAGCUUUCCAAAAAGGUGCUAUUGUACUUCCGAGCUGGACAUAGUUUGAACACAUAGGCAACAUUAGCAAAGUGGACAAAAAGAAAUUUUGUGUAAUUAUUGGUCGAUGCCUACCUGUACAUGUGUCUGUAUCCUGAUGGAUUCCCUUAUGAAUAACUUUAA